UUGGGAACUAAAAAAAGAAAAUUCAAAAGAAGUGCUUCGCCGUGAGUAACGAUUUUGAUGCAAUCGAUUAAUUAAAGUAUUAUAAAAUAUGUUGGAAAAUUGAAUAAGCUAAAUAAAAAGAAUGUUAAAACGUGUUGAUGAUUAGCACCAGUGAACUCACUAGCGGGACCCAGAAUCUAGUGGGCCCAGACAACAGAACUAGGUAUUAUAUACAACAUACCAGUGCCACAUGAGACUGAGAGCGAUUGACAUCGUUUGUGGCUUAACUCGCGGUCAGUUUUGUGUACGUUUGUUGUGUACGGAACACUUGAAAAAAUAAGCAACAACAUUUGCCAAAAACAAUUUUCAAUCAGUGAAUACUUUUCAGAAAUGCGUCUUUUAUGUGAAAAUUUUCUUAUCCAGGAGUGACAUUCAUUUUUACCGAAGUUAUCGGUGGUUUUUUGAAACGUCUUCAUAAGUGUUGAGGGCACAAUGGUGCGUUGGUGUACUCAGGAGCGGUGAGUUUUCAGCCAUGAGCUAUAGCGAUCCGUACAAAGAGCUGGAGCUCUAUUUGGAACAGGCUGUUGAAGAAAUCACAAAAGUUUUCGAAGAUUGGAAUGGGGAGUGUGAAAAUUUGGACGUCCAAAAACCGAAGGAGGUCCCAAGUUUGUUUCCUAAAGCUCCAGAAAAAACUAACGGUUUCAUUCCAUCCACGGAUCUGAUAAACAAUCAUAAUGAUGCAUCCAAUGAAUCGACUGUUAAAUAUACAAAUGGUGUUACGAAUGGAGAAAAGGUAAAUUUUUCAGACAAAUUAGAUAAUGGUCUUAAAAGUACUAGCGAAGAAUCAGACGUGGAUGAAGUCUCCAAUUGCAGUGAUGUAAUUAUUAAAGAACUUAAUGGUUCCCUGUCUACGAUAAAUUGUUCGGAACCCUGUGAGAACCAGCUGAACGACAUAACCAACAUAAUCCAGCACACUGCUACUCAAACAUCACCAACUCCAUCGAACAGUUCGACAAAUCUAACAUGGGUGUCGGAUUGUUCGUCAUCACCAUGCUUAACGACAGCGUCAGAGCCCGACCUGGUUGAGGAAGACAAUAGGUCAUUUUCAUCGGUGGAUGGCACCGAACCGUCGUCGUUAUCAGUGGGUGCGUCGGCGUCUUGGAAACGGCGUCACCAGAAGGAAUUAUGGAACAAAUCGUCGUCAGCACCUGUGUUGAAAAAGGUAGCCCCCAAGGUGAACAAGCAAGCCCGCUCUCAGUCUGAUCGACAUUUAGCUGAGAUCGAAGCAGCCGAAGCUUGCAAAUGGCUGCGUGCUGCGGGAUUCCCACAGUAUGCACAAAUGUACGAAGAGAUGCAAUUUCCUGUAGACAUUUAUGCUGCUCAAGAAGAUCAUCCCUUAUUGGAACCUGACGUGCUACAUUCUUUAUUUCGACGCUUGCAAGUGUUAAAUCGUUGUGCAAGGGUCAGACAGCAUCCUACAUCACACACUGACGAUUCAGAAGACGAACAAUGUGCUCUUAGCGAUAAUUGGACUUACCAAAGUGACUUGAGAAGGUGGUCGAGAAAUUGUCAAAAUUUGCAAAUUCCAGCAAAUAUAGAAGAACAGGUAAAUAAGGAAUGGUGGUGUGCAGCAGCCCCUAAUGCAAAUAAAGAAGAAAUAAUUAAUGAAAAUUUAAGAGAGCGAUCUAAGGAUCGGCUGCGAAGAGCCGCUUCUUCAAUUAAAUUUCGAAGGCGCCGCGAAGGAGUAAUAAUUAAUGAUAAUGGCUCCAAUGUAUUGGAUGCAUUAUCGAAACAAUUGGUGGAUAUGCAUUCCACAGAUGAGAUGCACCUUUCUGACACGGAAUGUUCCCGAACCGGGAGACGGAGAAAAACCCGAUCGUUAGAAAAAAAAGAUUCUUGGCCACAUCCUGCCUUAGACGAUUGUGACAAUGUUUUAUGGCAUCGGAAUGUUUGUCACUUGGAAGAUCAGUCUCCAAUACAGUGUCGAUUAAAUUUGGAAGAAGGUGGAAAGCCAAUUUCUAGUCUCUCCUGUACCCAAAUGCAAGUACUUAGAAAAUUAGCUUUAUUGAAGCUUACAGCUCACAUGGAAAAAAAUUGUCCGACUCAUAGAUCAGGUUGGAACUGGGAACUUCCCAAAUUUAUCAGGAAAAUGAAAGGACCAACUUACAGGGAUAAAUCCAUAUUUGGGGUACCAUUAACAAUAAUUCUUCAGAGGACGGGGCAACCGCUUCCCAAAGGGAUUCAGGAAGCUCUGGAGUGGUUACGACAAAAUGCUACGGAUCAAGUUGGUCUGUUUCGAAAGCCUGGGGUUCGUUCUCGAAUUCAAGCCCUCAAAAAUCUUGUUAAUACUCAGGGGGAAAAUAUUAAUUUUAACGAGCAUCAGGCUUAUGAUGUGGCUGAUAUGGUCAAACAGUAUUUUCGCGAGUUACCAGAAGCUUUGCUCACCAAUAAACUAUCUGAAAUAUUUAUUCUUAUUUUUCAACAUGUCCCGCCAUAUCUUCGACGUGAAGCUGUAAUAUGUGCCCUUCUGCUAAUGCCAGACGAACACAGAGAGGUGUUGCAAGUCCUUCUUAGUUUUCUAGAAAAUAUUGCAUCUUGUGCGCCAGUUAAUCAGAUGAACGAGAGUAAUUUGGCCCUGUGCUUCGCCCCUUCGUUAUUUCAAUUUAGUCAAACUGUUCAAAACAGGCAAAAUAUGGGUACUCCCCACCCCCGAGAAUUGGCCGAAAACAAAGCAGCUCAAGAAUGUCUGUUAUACAUUUUGAAGAAUCGCAAUAUUCUGUUUAGUAUACCCAAAGAAUUAAUAAAUCAAUGCAAAUCAGCUGAAGUCAAGGAUAGCAUUGCCAUGACAUUAUCGGAAUUGGGAUCUGAUUUUACAAACGGCUGGAGAGGAUACCUACAAGAAUGUCAAUCAGCCCUUUUAAAGGAGACAAAAGAAAAAAGUCGUGGUUGGGUUCUUGUCAGUAGUCAUCACUACAAGGUGGAAUUGGCGUACAAAAAGGUCGCCGAUGGACAUCCCUUAAGGCUGUGGAAAAUUUGCGCUGAAAUUGAAGCUCCACCGGCGGAAGUGGUUCACAGGAUUUUACGAGAAAGGCAUAUCUGGGAUACUGAAUUACAUUCGGCAAAAAUUAUUUCUCAAGUAGACAAAAACUCUGAAGUAUUUUGUUACGUUAACAGCAACAUGCAUGGUCUUCCUUACAUUGAUUAUUGCGUUAUAAGAACGUGGAAAAUGGAUUUACCUAAAGGAGCUUGUUCUAUUGUCGAAACUUCCGUGGAACAUUCUGAUGCGCUACAUAUUCCUAAUAGUGUUAGAGGAAUUGUGCUAGCUUCAAGGUACCUUGUCGAACCCGGAGGUUCGGGAAGAUCCAGGCUUCUACAUCUCUCCAGAGUUGACACAAGAGGACGAAUGCCCGAGUGGUAUCAUAAAAAUUAUGGCCAUUUAUGUGCUUUACAUGCAGCUCAAAUUCAAAGUUCUUUUCAUCAAACAGCAACUGGCCCAGAAAGUAAGGUCUGACUUACCAAAGGUAAUUCUCAAUAAAUUAGCGUUAAUAUAUUAUGGAACUAUGGAAAAUAAACUCCACAAAAAAGUGUGUGCUAGUCCGUUAUGUUAUUGGUGCUUUUAACCAAGAAAUAAAUCUAAACAGGUUUGUACAGGGUGCCAAAAAUAAAGUCUGUAGUAUAUCGGUC